AGGGACCUGCGGGCUCCGGCCCAUGGCUUCUUACUACAGCGGCUCGCGCGUCGUGGGUGGCAAAGAUGCCCAGCCAGGGGCCUGGCCCUGGAUCGUCAGCAUCCAGGAUCCCUCGAGACCAGGCAUGGGGCACCUCUGCGGAGGGACCCUCAUCAACACACAGUGGGUCCUCACGGCAGCCCACUGCUUCAACCAUGCCAGGCAAAUUAACAAGUGGCGCGUGGUGGUUGGGGCCACACGGUUGUCUGAGCCAGGUCCUGAGACCCAAGUGCGCCAUAUUAAGCAGCUGAUCGUUCACGAACACUACAGUAAUACCACGCAGAGUAAUGACAUUGCGCUGCUGGAACUGGAGAAUCCUGUCCACUGUGGCUAUUAUGUCCAGCCUGCCUGUGUGCCCAAAGCCUCGAUGCAAAUGAAAUCACUGAAAACCUGCUAUGUCAGUGGAUGGGGACAUACGCAUGAAGGAUCUGAAGAGACAGCCGAUGACCUGCAGGAAGCCAUGGUCCGCCUCGUUAGGCUCAAGGGUUGUAACAGCAGCCGGUGGUACGAUGGGGCCCUACGCCCG